AUGGCGCCUCUACCCAUCAAGUUCCAGGAGCUGGUGCAGCUCAGCAGCCUGGGCGUGGACACGGCCUCCAUCGGCUUCAACUCCUGCACACUAGAGUCCGACUCCUUCGUUUGCAUUCGGGAGAAGAAGAACGAAGCCGCCCAGCCCGAAGUUGUCAUUGUCGAGCUCAAGAAUGGCAACCACGUAACGCGCCGGCCCAUCAAGGCCGACAGUGCUGUCAUGCACUGGAACAAGCAAGUCAUUGCCCUCAAGGCCCAGUCCCGGACCCUCCAGAUCUUCGACCUUGAGCAGAAGAAGAAGCUCAAGUCCUGCACAAUGAACGAGGAUGUUCAGUUCUGGAAGUGGAUCAGCGAAUCCACUCUGGGCCUCAUCACAACCAGCAGUGUCUACCACUGGGAUGUCUAUGAAGCCGCCCAGGAUGCGCCCGUCAAAGUCUUCGAGCGCAACGCCAACCUCAACGGUUGCCAAAUCAUCAACUACCGAGUUAACAGCGAUGGAAAGUGGAUGGUGGUCGUGGGAAUCUCCUCUCAGCAGGGCCGAGUGGUUGGUGCCAUGCAGCUCUACUCCAAAGACCGUGGCAUUAGUCAGGCCAUUGAAGGUCACGCUGCUGGCUUCGGCACCUUGAGACUGGACGGUGCUCCUCAGGACACCAAAAUCUUCAGCUUUGCUGUCCGCACAGCCACCGGCGCCAAGCUGCACAUUGUCGAGGUUGACCACCCAGAUUCGAACCCAGUUUUCCAGAAGAAGGCUGUCGAUAUCUUCUUCCCCCCCGAGGCCACAAACGACUUCCCAGUCGCUUUACAAGUCUCACAAAAGUACGGUGUCAUCUUCAUGGUCACCAAGUACGGCUUCAUCCACUUGUACGAUCUCGAGACGGGCUCGUCAAUCUUCAUCAACCGCAUCUCUAGCGAGACCAUCUUCACCAGCUGCGCUGACGAUGAGUCUUCUGGCCUUGUGGGUAUCAACCGCAAGGGUCAGGUCCUCUUCGUCACCAUCGAUGAUACCACCAUCAUCCCCUACUUGCUCGAGAAUCCCGCCAACACAGAGAUUGCCAUCAAGCUGGCCUCAAGAGCUGGCCUUCCUGGUGCUGAUAACCUUUACGCGAAGCAGUUCGAUCAGCUCUUCAACAGCGGAAACUACCUCGAGGCUGCCAAGGUUGCUGCCGGCUCACCCCGCGGAUUCUUGCGUACGGCCGACACGAUCGAGAAAUUCAAGCGCCUCCCCACCCAGCCUGGGCAGAUGGCUAUUACACUGCAGUACUUCGGAAUGCUGCUCGACAAGGGCGCGCUGAACAUGCAUGAAACACUCGAGCUGGCCCAGCCUGUGCUGCAGCAAAACCGAAAACACCUCCUCGAAAAGUGGUUCAAGGAGGGCAAGCUGGACUGCUCCGAGCAGCUCGGUGACAUGGUGCGCCCGUACGAUGUCAACUUGGCCCUGAGCAUCUACCUCCAGGCCAAGGUCCACCACAAGGCCGUUGCUGGCCUUGCCGAGACUGGCCAGUUUGAAAAGAUUCUUCCGUAUGCUGCUCAAUCCGGAUACCAGCCCGAUUAUAUUCAGCUUCUCCAGCACAUCAUUCGAACCAACCCCGACAAGGGAACUGAGUUUGCCACUGCUCUCGCCAACCACGAGGGCGGCGCUCUGGUUGACCUCGAGCGAGUCUGCGAUAUCUUCCAGUCUCAGGGUAUGGUCCAGCAAGCCACUGCCUUCCUCCUCGAUGCUCUCAAGGAGAACAAGCCUGAGCAUGCUCGUCUCCAGACUCGCCUUCUGGAGAUGAACCUGAUGCACGCUCCUCAGGUGGCUGACGCUAUCCUCGGUAACGACAUGUUCACACACUUUGACAAGGGUCGAAUCGCCCAACUGUGCGAACAGGCUGGCUUGGCCCAGAAGGCUCUCGAGCUGUAUGAAGAUCCCGAGGCCAUCAAGCGUGUCAUUGUCAACAUUCCUGGCAGUGCCAACUUCAACCCUGAGUGGCUGUCUACCUUCUUUGGCAAGCUCUCUGUUGAGCAGUCUCUGGACUGUCUCGAUGCCAUGAUGAAGCACAACAUUCGCCAGAACUUGCAGUCCGUUGUCAACAUUGCCACAAAGUACUCGGAGCUCCUCGGUGCUGUGCGCUUGAUUGAUCUCUUUGAGAAGUACAAGACUGCCGAAGGUCUCUUCUAUUACCUCGGCAGCAUUGUCAACCUCUCCGAGGACCCUGAUGUCCACUUCAAGUACAUCGAGGCUGCUACCAAGAUGGGCCAGUUUAACGAGGUGGAACGCAUCUGCCGUGACAGCACUCACUACAACCCUGAGAAGGUCAAGAACUUCUUGAAGGAAGCUAAGCUGCCCGAGCAGCUGCCUCUCAUCAUUGUGUGCGACCGUUUCAACUUUGUGCAUGACUUGAUUCUGUUCCUCUACCAGAACCAGCAGUUCCAGGCCAUCGAGGCCUAUGUCCAGCGUGUCAACCCAUCCCGAACUCCUGCCGUCAUCGGAGGAUUGCUCGACGUUGACUGCGACGAGAAGAUUAUUAAGGACCUUCUCGCCACUGUCGAUGCCCAGCAGGUCAACAUCGACCAGCUUGUCUCCGAGGUUGAGUCUCGUAACCGCUUGAAGCUUCUGCUGCCCUUCCUCGAGGCCACUCUCCAGGCUGGUAACCAACAGCAGGCUGUCUACAACGCUCUGGCUAAGAUCUACAUUGACUCCAACAACAACCCCGAGAAGUUCCUCAAGGAGAACGAUCAAUACGACACCCUUGUCGUCGGUAAAUACUGCGAGAAGCGCGAUCCCAACCUGGCAUACAUUGCCUAUUCCAAGGGCCAGAACGAUCUUGAGCUUGUCAACAUCACCAAUGAGAACUCCAUGUACAGGGCUCAGGCUCGAUACCUGCUCGAGAGAGAGGAUACCGAGCUCUGGCGCUUUGUCCUCAGCGAAAACAACAUCCACAGGCGAUCAGUUGUCGACCAGGUCACCGCAACUGCUGUUCCCGAGUCCACCGAUCCCGCCAAGGUGUCUGUUGCCGUUUCCUGCUUCUUGGAGAAUGACCUGCCUCUGGAGCUUAUUGAACUUUUGGAGAAGAUUGUUCUUGAGCCUUCUCCGUUCAGCGACAACCAGAACUUGCAGAACUUGCUCAUGUUCACUGCUGCCAAGGCUGACAAGGCCCGUGUGAUGGACUAUGUUCACAAGUUGGACAACUACAAUGCUGACGAAAUUGCGACUGCCUGUAUCGAUGUCGGUCUCUUUGAAGAAGCCUUUGAGAUUUACAAGAAGGCUGAUAACAAGUCUGCCGCUGUCAAUGUCCUCGUUGAGCAUGUUGUCAGCAUUGACCGUGCUCAGGCAUACGCUGAAGAUGUUGAUCUUCCCGAGGUCUGGAGCAAGGUUGCAAAGGCUCAGUUGGAUGGUCUUCGUGUUUCCGACGGUAUCGAAUCAUACAUCAAGGCUGAGGACCCCUCUAACUACGCUGAGGUGAUUGAGAUCGCCACGCAUGCUGGAAAGAAUGAGGACCUCGUCAAGUAUCUCCGUAUGGCUCGCAAGACUCUUCGGGAGCCAGUCAUUGACACGGCUCUUGCCUUCUGCUACGCAAGACUCGAACAGCUUUCCGAGCUAGAGGACUUCCUGCGCGGAACCAAUGUCGCCAACAUUGAGGAGUCUGGUGACAAGGCCUAUGAAGAGGGCCUGUACGAGGCAUCCAAGAUCUUCUACAGCAGCAUCUCCAACUGGGCCAAGCUGGCCACCACCCUUGUGCAUCUCAGCGACUACCAGGCCGCUGUCGAGUGCGCUCGCAAGGCCAACAACAUCAAGGUGUGGAAGCAGGUCCACGAAGCUUGCGUUACCAAGAAGGAAUUCAGACUUGCCCAGAUUUGCGGUCUCAACUUGAUUGUCGAUGCCGAGCAACUCCAAGAACUUGUCAAGGACUACGAGAACAACGGAUACUUUGAUGAGCUCAUCAGCCUCCUUGAGCAGGGCCUGGGUCUUGAGCGUGCCCACAUGGGCAUGUUCACCGAGCUGGGUAUUGCCCUGUCCAAGUACCACCCCGAGCGUCUUAUGGAGCACAUCAAGAUCUUCUGGUCCAGAGUCAACAUGCCCAAGAUGAUCCGAGCGUGCGAGGAGGCUAAUCUGUGGCCUGAAUUGGUUUUCUGUUACUACCACUACGAUGAGUUUGAUAACGCUGCUCUUACCGUUAUCGAGCGACCCGAGAACUCAUGGGAUCACCAGCAGUUCAAGGAGAUUGUGGUCAAGGUUGCCAACUUGGAGAUCUACUACCGUGCCAUCCGAUUCUACGUUGAGCAGCAUCCGUCUCUGCUCACUGAUCUCUUGGCUGCUCUUACUGCCCGUGUUGACGUGAACCGCGUUGUCAAGAUGUUCCAGAAGAAUGACAGUCUGCCACUGAUCAAGCCGUUCCUCUUGAACGUGCAGAGCCAGAACAAGCGAAUCGUCAACGAAGCAGUCAACGACCUGCUGAUUGAAGAGGAAGACUACAAGACCCUGCGUGACUCUGUGCAGAACUACGACAACUACGAUGCCAUGGAGCUGGCUGGUCGUCUGGAGAAGCACGAUCUCAUCUUCUUCCGCCAAAUUGCCGCCAGCAUCUACCGCAAGAACAAGCGCUGGGAAAAGUCCAUUGCCCUGUCGAAGCAGGACAAGCUCUACAAGGAUGCCAUCGAGACCGCUGCCAUUUCAGCAAAGAACGAUAUUGUCGACGACCUUCUCAGAUAUUUUGUUGACAUUGGUCAUCGCGAAUGCUACACUGGCAUGCUGUAUGCCUGCAAUGACCUCAUUCGACCCGAUCUGGUCCUUGAGCUCUCAUGGCGCAACGGCCUCAACGACUUCACCAUGCCUUACAUGAUCAACAUGUUGGCUCAGCAGACAAAGGAGCUUGCACUGCUCAAGGCUGACAACGAGGCACGCAAGUCCAAGGAAAAGGACCACGAGAAGACUGAGGAUAACACGCCCAUCCUUGGUGGCGCUCGACUCAUGAUCACCGCCGGCCCAGGUGGAGCCGCUCCUCCAGCUCCUUAUGGCCAACCUAAUGGCUUUGCGCCACAACCUACUGGCUACAAUUACUAG